AUGGAGGAGGAGCUCAAGGCGCUGGGCUUCGUGACGAACGUGUCUCAGUUGAAAUGGGACACAGUCAUUCUGCCGGCGCUGCGUCAAUAUUGGAAGGUGUACGGUAACGCGGACGUCCCGCAUCAUUUCGUUGUCCCAAACGAGGAUGAAUCGUGCUGUUCCGUCCACCAUGGCCGGAGGAGGCCUGGGGAAUGA